AUGUCCCUGCAAACGGGCGUCCCCAUACUGCUCGUGUGCCUGGUGCUACUGCCACAAGCCCACGCCUUCGGUGCUGGCAACAUCGCAUCUAUCUCCGCCGUCGAGGGCAAGAACUGGCGCCAUGGUGACAUCGAGGAUGUUCUCAAAACAAUCGCAUGCAUCGCGGGGCACAAAUGGACCUCUACCAUGAUCAAGCGUGUGUAUUUUGGAAACUGGUUACGUGAUUAUUCACAGGCGAUGGACGUUGGGACCCUGAAAAACCUCCAGGCCGAGACGAUCCGUAUCUUGGUGUGGGUCCUCUCGUUCCUAAGCUUCGGCUAUGCAACAGGUGAAUUUGAGGUCACGUCCGAACGUCUUGGUGUUUACCGUCCUGAGGAGCAUAUCGACAACCCCAAGGACUAUGCCGAUAAUGAGGAUGCGCGCCAAUAUGACGAGCGUCUGCGUGGACCGAUUCGUCAAGUCGAGCUGGAUAUUGAUAUGGAAACCGGCAUGAAAAAUUAUAUCGCCAAUGAGAAGGGUGAUUGGGCAACCAGUGCUGCCUAUGUCAAGUACAGCUUGAGUCGCAGCAUCCACUACGGACGCAUGUAUACCCAUGGUGGAGAGCGCAAGGGUAACGAAGAGGAUCUCUGUGAGGCGUUGCGGUGUCUUGGACAGGGUCUUCACACGCUGGAAGAUUUCGCGGCACACACUAACUACUGUGAGCUGGCUCUACGAGAGAUGGGCUUCCACAAUGUCUUUCCACACACCGGUACGGCUACCCAGGUCAAUGUCCGUGGUCAUCAUAUCUUUCCGCUGGUGACUGGUACCUUUGGUAUGGUCGACUUUUUCCACUCUGUCUUGGGUGAGGCUACCGAUCAUUUCACCCAGUCGGAGGUCAAUGAGAUGGACAUUGCCCUUGGGGAUGCUGAGAACAAUGCCCACUCCAACAACUCCCUCAAUGCUCUUACAGGGCUAUUGGGCAAGGUUCCAGGAACCCGAGAUCUGGUCCACGAGGCCGAGCAUUUGAGACAGCUUUCAGAUGCACAGGAGGUUACCAACCGAUCUCGAGGCUCACACAUGGGCUAUGCAACGAAUGACUACCUUGUGAGCGAACAAUCUCGCGCCGGUCCAUCGCCCGGGCCCGGUCUCCAGGGAAUGCCAGAUUUCAACGCACAAGAUACAGUGAAAAAGAUCUACCCGAUCCUCGCCUUCCGAGACAAAGUUGUCCGAAAACUGAAUUCGAUUAUUGAAAAGGUCCCAGGCCUGGAAGCCAUCAUGGAAAAGAUCUCCGAAACACUGACCGUGUUCAUCAUGUCUUUGCUUGCUCCAUUCAUCCGUCCUCUCAUCAACGCCGCAUCCAAGUCUCUGCAGACUGGUUCCUCUGGUGUUGUAGCCGCCUCUGGCAAACAUCAGUUCGAACCGUGGACAGAUCCUCACUGCACUGAUCCCACUCACUCGCUUCUUUCUAAAGACCACUUCGCCAAUAUCUUGAACGAGCCCGCUGGUCAAGUCGCCUCUGCCAUCGUAAAGUACAUUGCUCCUCGCGUCCUCUACGCCUGGCAGCACAUCAACGUCCCAGAGCACGAGGUAUUGAAUGAUUGCAUUCGGAUCUUCCAUCACCCCACCUUCCGAGACAUGAACAAUGAAGCGCACCGCACGAUGUUCGAAGCUGUGCAGAAUUGGGUCCAUUCCCGUCCAGACCGUGGCUCCAAUUUGAACGACGUUCUCAGUUCUGAAGGAGUCAGAGCAGGCCGGAACACCGGUGGUGUGCCACAUACCCAUGGCGGCGGUGGUGGUGGAUUUGCCGCGCUUGGUUCCCACGGCCAUGGCCACAGUCAGCAAAGUCAGGGCCAAAGCCACUCUUCGGGUGGAAUGGGUGGGUUGACCUCGUUUUUCUCGUCGCAACAACAGCACCCUAGCUCGCAGCAGUCUCAUUCGUCUGGAAUGCCUUGGGAUAAGAUUUCUCAUCUGCCUAUCCCCGGUAUGUCCAACCUGAAUAAGCUGGAGAGUACCAUUUCCAAUUUCAUUCCUGGUGGUUUUUCACAUGGCUCGAGGGGACUGGACGAAGAUGAGACUAGAAAUCAGACUGAGUUUCACCAGGAACAGCAGUAUCAUGGGCACAGUUCCGAUGGUCGGUCAGGAUACGGUAGAUAUUGA